AUGCCGUUGACAACACCGGUUUUGACGGUGGACGCGGACAAUAUCCACAAGGUGGAUACCGCAAAUGCACAGUCUCUUCAUGGAAUGUGGAUGGUAUUCUCCAAAUGUGCCGACUACAUGGACCAAGGCCGACGACUGGAGAACCUGAGUUGGCGUCUUUGGACUCGCGAAACCUUCUGUGUCGAGCCCGAAAGCUCAAAUGACACCUCCGUCCUGCCGAAGCUCCGAUCGGAGGCGGCUGAUCUUCCGGAGCUCUCCGGCAGUGUUGAGUCGGCCGCGUCCGACCAGGCCGAGCGCAUCGAAGCACACAUCAAGCGACCUCAAUUAUCAGAUUACCGACCUGCUGUGGUCCGUGAGGACUCUCUGGCCAGCCUGGGCCGUGGCAAGGAGAGGCACAUCACCUCGCUAGACCUGGAGCGCAUGGUCCUGAACAUCAGAGAGAGGAAGCAGUUGGCGCCUUUGACCUCCAUGGUUGAGCCUGCUGCUCCUGUCUCUUGCUCGACUACGGCGCCUGAAGGCAACGAGAGCGACUCGGCCAACGUCACCGCAUCGGAUACUAGCGUCUCUUCCUCGGGAGUUCUCUCCACUCGAUCUGACCCAAUCAAUUCGCCCAGCAUCGUUCGCGGAUUCUCACCAUCGCUCAUUUCAUCUUCCUUCCGGUCGCACACCAAAUUGGCGGCCGACCCAAGCCCCUCUGGUGCCACCCUCCAACAGCUUAAGCCAUCGCCUCUUAAGAAGAAGGGUGGCAUGUUCACCUUGGGCGGAUCUUCUGGUGAUGACGAUGAAAGCUCUUUCGAAGAUCGCAUGGGCCCCAAGGCUCCCCCGGCCAAUACAAGUGCUGGCGGGUUGAAGCCGGCCGGCAGCAAUCCAAGCCCAUCCAAGAAGGUGGCCUCCUUCAGCGACCACGUAGCUACGAUCCGACCGUCGAAAAGCCCACUCCGCUCUGACGAGGACGCCAUCGAAACGGACGAUGAGGUCUCCGAGAGCGCCAUUGAAGACGAUGAGGAUUCCGACUGGGAGGACUCGGUGACUGAGAGCGGCAAAUCCAGCGUGGACGAGCGACCGGAGCUCUUCCAGCGCGUUGAUUCGCGACCCAACUUGGUGUCACGGCGAUCGCUUCUGACCAUGAUGAUGCACCAGCCGGGUCGGAUGCAAGGAAACGCAUUCCGGUCCAGUCCUGCGCUCCAACGGUCCCGUUUGACAUCACCCAAUGGCCCCUCCAUCCCCGCCUCGCCUCCCGAGAACGACGAAGAGAGUCUGACUAUGCGCGGUCCGGAUGUGCCUCGAUCGAAGCCCAUCGUUAUGAAGCCGCCGCCGCCACAAUCCGUUGCUCAUUCGCCGCGCACCACCCGCCGCAACAUGCUUGCGACCGAGUUGACCGAGUCCCUCCGCCGACACCUGCUCUGGGAGCGUCAACAGAAAAGCGCGACGGCCAAUGCUUUCCUCAAGCGUCGCCACACCGCACACGACGUGAAGAACCUACAGGAGUACCCGGGACCGAAGGGACCACAUCGGACUCCGGGCGCCGCGGGCCCUUCCACCGCCGGUGACAACCAGGCCGGUAACCCAGCGCGGGACAAGGACUUUGCGAAGAACGGCUCUUGGACUAACUACGCCACGGACUACGGACCAUGGGAGUACCACGUCAAGGGAUGGUGA